GUCAGGUUUGUUAUCGCUGAGCCACAACGGGAACUCCAAAAAGACACCUUUGUUGAAAAUCAAUGAACAUUAUAUGUAGGUGAGAAAUUUCUGGGAUGGGAGUGACGGGUAAGAAUGAAACGCAGUUACCUGGUAGUCUAGUGGUUAGGAUUCGGGGCUUUCACCACUGUGGCCAAGGUUCAGUCCCUGGUCUGGGAGAUGAGAUCCCGAAUCAAGCCACUGCACCCCAGUUCUGGGGUUGGGGGAGAAAGCAUGAGAGAAAUUCCUGGUUAUUUGUGGCUCCCAAACAGAGGUGUCACUUGAAGGAGGACUAGGUGGGGAUCAUCAACUGAAAACCCACCUCCUCUUCACCACCCCACCCAAACAUUUAAGUGCAUCAUUGUACCCUGUGAACUGCUGUUUGUUAAAUGACUGGCCCUGGUAAAGUCAUUGGCGGAGUCCUUACCAGCUGCUGCAGCUGCCUCUCCCCACCCCUUCCCGGCCUUGGGAAAGUCAUCCUUUUGGAAACAGGUCUCCUCCUUUCUGGGGACCACAGUCCUGGAGGUCAGGCUCUCUGGGUCAGGGAAAAGGCCCACACUUAGGGGAAGGCAACGAACGGGAAAGGCAAUAACGCCGCCGCUUCCUACCAGGUGGGGAGGCGUCCCCGCGCUGGGCGGGCCAACUACCGCAGGCCUUCAGUCAAUCCGCACUGGUCAGGACCGCGGCUCUGAGGGCGUGGUCCUGGACCAGCACCAUCCACUUCACCUGGGAACCCGUUAGAAAUGCAAAUUCUCUGGGUCUCACCCAGACUUCCUCUAAGGGAAACGGCGGAGGUGGGACUAAGCGCUUCCUGUUGAACAAGUUCUCCAGGUGUUUCUGGGGCGCAAAGAGGAGGAAAGGGGGAAGAACGGAGUGGGGCUGAUUAGACACCUCCCACUGCCCCUUCCCGGGCUUCAUAACGGUCCGCUGUGGGCGGCCGGCCCCCAGCUGCUCGGCCCCAACCCCGCAUCAUGAAUCGCAGCCGCACCAGCAGCACCUCGGAAAAGGCCACGGUAGCCUUGCUCUGGGGCUGUGAGCUAAACCAGGAGAAGCCGACCUGCACCUUCAGACCCCAGAAGGAGGGGAAGCAGGACUGUAAGCUCUUGCUUAGCACGAUUUGCCUGGGGGAGAAAGCCAGAGAGGAGAUGAACCUCGUGGAGAUCCUGCCCCCUGCAGGCCAGGACAACAGGAAGAGAAAGGCCAUCACGCUGGCCUCGCUUAGGGCCUCCGUCCUCCCCAUGGUUGUCCUGGUGGGACUGGAGCUUUCUCCUCCUGUCACGUUCCAGCUCCGGGCUGGCUCUGGACCUGUGUUCCUCAGUGGCCAGGAAUAUUAUGACCCUUCAGACCUCUCCUGGGAGGAGGACGAAGAGGAGGAGGAAGGCCCGGAGGAAGAAGAGGAGGAGGAAGAUGAUGACGACGACGACGACGACGAUGAUAUAGAUGUGUCCCUGGAGAAGGAGACCCCUGUCAAACAGGUCAAGAGGCUGGCGCCCCAGAAGCAGACAAGUGCAGCUAAGAAGAAAAAGGUGGAAAAAGAAGAGGCAGUGAGACACAGUCUUAAAGGCAAGAGCCCUGUGGAAAAGGCCAGAGUCACACUCAAACCGAAAAAGCUGGGAUCCAAGAAAUGAGGAGCCAAGAGUGGCCUGGCCACAGUGACCGAGGGAGGGCCCGUGAGACCACCAUGCUGAGUCCGAAUGUGAUGGAUGUGUUGGGAGGCAAUACAAGAGACCCUAACCCCAACUCUCGGUUUCAUCAGGACCUGAAGGGAAGAGCCCCAACCUCAAGAGCACAAUAAAGUUUGCUUUGCUGCGA